GGCGCUGAGGCGCGGCCAUGAGGGGAGCGGCACUGAGGUACCGGAGGCACGGAGGAGAGCGGCUCCCUCGGCGGCCGAGCCCGUCCCGCGGCGGCCGCGCUGCCCCGGAAGAGGCGGAGCGGGCGGGCGGCCCCACGUGCGGCAGCGGUGGCGGCAUGGCGGGGAUGGAGCAGAUGGAGCAGAUGGAACCGCGGGGCGGCGGCGCGGCGGUGACCGACCCCCGCGGGGUGCUGCGGCAGGGCCGCGCCUUCCUCGACUUCUUCUGGGACAUCGCUAAGCCGGAGCAGGAGGUGCGGCUGGCGGCCACUGAGAGCCUCCUGCGGCACUUGCGGGAGGGCAAGAAGGAUGAUGAACUCAAGUACACCCUGAAGCGGCUGGUGGAGGGACUGGGAGCCACCCGCGAGGCCGCCCGCCCUGGCUUCAGCUUGGCCUUGGCGCAGGUUUUGCAGGCUUUUGAGGAAAUUCCACUGUGCAGCAUUUUGGAACAGAUAAAAGAAAAACACAAUCUGGAAAAAGUGAAAAAAAAACUUGUGAGAAAUGCUGCUUUUGGGAACUUUUUUGGAGUGAUGGCUCUAUUCCAGUCUGGGCGGCUUGUGAAGGACCGGAAAGCUCUGCUGGAGAGCAUCCAGCUUCUCCAGCAGCUGACAAAUCACCAAACACACCUCAGAGAUCUCCCACGCAAAACUCUCAUUGACAUCACCUCUGAGGUACCUGAAGCUGUGUUUGAGGAGGUCCUGUUUGACAUCUUGCAAGGUGACCUCUCUUCAGCCUUCACAUCUCCAGAGAACCUGCACCUUUUGCUUGUGGGUAUGCAGAAAUUCCCUGGUGUUCUGAAACCUAAAAAGCUGAAGAAGCUGUUUGGCUCACCUACUGUUGUAAAUAAGGAAAAUAUUUCCAGACUUGUAGAGCUUCUGAAAAGUGCUGCCAAGUCUGAGAAGGAAGACAAGAAAUUGCCCAGUGUAGUCUUUGAUUUGCUACAAGUUGCACUGAAGGAAGGUGCCUUUGAACUCUUCUGGAAUGAAGUUGUGGAGAACGGGCUAUUGAAGGAGAAAUCAGGACCUGUGAGUUACAUGUGCUACCGAUUGCUGGGCAGUGCUCUCCCCUUGCUGUCCAUGGAGCAGCUGCAGGUGGUUCUCAAAGGGAAGGUGAUGCUGCACUAUGGAGAACACGUGGUAGCGACUCAGUCUCCCCAGGGAUUUAAGUUUGCUGCAGAAAUGGAGGGAUAUAUAGAUACAUUUCUGAGUGGCUGCGAUGACCCAGAGAGGCAACUGGCUGUGAUGAUGGGCUUCUCUACCCUUACCAAUCAAGGGAGGCCAGUGUUGCUGAGUGCUUCCAGGGUAGUCAGACACCUGCAGGCAGUGGCCUUGCAAAAAUACAUCUCCUGGCUCAAAGACAUGUUCCUCAGGCCAGACUUGGACUGUUGUUUAGACUUCUCAAGUAACCGGCAAAAACAGAACCGGCAAAACGCAGACAUAGCACAGCAGAAGAUUGCUCGAUUGAGAAGAUGGAUCAUCCACCGACUGGUUAACAUCACUGAAAGUGCCACAAGAAAAGAAGAGAGCCUUGUGAUGGACAUUGCCAGGUUUUGCUUCUUCCAUGCUUUCUUUGUUGCUAAGAAGAAGAAUUCCCAGAUAGCUGAGGCUAGUGUCCUUCCAUCAGAGCCCCUAAAUGAACGGGAUCAUACGGAGACAGAAAACUACUUCUUUGGGUUACUUCAGACAUUAAACACCCUGCCUGUUUUGGGGGAUACAGCAAAGGCUGCAGCCUUGAGAGAGAAGCAUGUCCAUGGUGUGACUGCAGAUGGGAAGCUGUGGAUCUUUCUCCUCGUUGAGUAUGCCAACAAGCUGCUCUCCAGUGAGCAUGUCAAAGCUGUGAAACCUUUUACCAAGGAACAGAAGGAUAUCUGGGAGAGAACACUUCAGUCUGUGAAGAAUCUGCAGAAGAAGGAAAACAAAUCAGACAGUGCCAAAGUUGGUGCUUUCCAACAACUUCUGCUUUCAAUAGCCAUUCAUCUUUUCAAGAAUCAGUCUGAAACAGUGGAUGUUCUGAGCGACCUUCUGAACUGCACAGAGAGGGCAUUCAGCAAAGAAACCAAGAAGAAGAAGAAGACUGACAACUCGGAGCCAGGAUGGGUUGAGGUGAUGGUGGAAAUCCUUCUCUCCCUCCUUGCCCAGCCCAGCCUCCUCUUACGUCGGAUUUCCAAGAGUGUGUUUGUAUGGAUAUGCCCUAACCUGACCAAGAGGGGCUUGCAGCUGAUCCUGGAUGUUUUUGACCCUAACCAAGAGCAAAAUGAAGAAAGUGCAGUUGUUGUGAUGGAAGAAUCGAACAAAAAGACCAAAUCUGCCCAGGACACGGAUGAAGAAGGAAGUGGGGACUCCUCAGAUGAAGACAACACUGACAGUGAAGAUGAGGAGAGUGAAGAAGUUGAUGAUAAUUUUCGCAGUCAGCUGAUGAAAGUUCUCCAAGCAGGGAAUGCUUUGGACGGAGAUAAGAGUGAUGAAGAGCUGGAUGAUGAGGCUAUGAUGGCUCUUGACAAGAACAUCUCAGCCCUUUUUGCUGAGCAGCAGAAACGGAUCCAGGCGAAGAAAGAUGAGAAAGACAGAAUGCGGAAAGAGAAGAUCCUGCGGAGGGAUUUCAAGGCUAAGGUGUUGGAUCUGAUUGAUGUGUUCCUGAUUAAGCAAGCAGAGAACCCCUUGGUGUUCGAUAUCAUUGAGCCCCUGCUUCAAUUGAUUGAACAGUGCAUGAGUUCAGACUCUGACAAGCAGGAGGUUGACUUCCUCCAGAAAACAGCUAGUAUCUUCAAGAACUCGCUGUGCCGCAAUAAGCAGUACUGCAAGACAGUGGCCUCCCUGCAAGAAGAUGUGCAUGCUUUAGUGCAGAGACUGGUCAAGAAAGCCUGCAAGCACACCGACUCUGCAGUGGCUCUCUAUUACUUCAGUGCCUCGUUAUACCUGCUCAAAGUGUUGAAAGGAAACACAUCAUCAACUCUUCCUCCCCCUGAGCCCGAGAAACAGAGUGACAGCAGAGCAAAGCAGGCGUGUCAGCUUUUGAACCCAGGCUGUUUGAAUGUGAAGAAGGUGGCUGUUAUCUAUCAGCAGGCCCUGACCCAGUUCCUCAGCAAACGGAACAGUCCCCUUACAUGCUCCAUGUUCCAUGAUCUCUUCAAACGCUUCCCAAUCCUGUGUAAGCCAUUAGUAGAUACUCUUGUUGAGUUUAUCACAGCAGCAGCCAGGCAACAUCAGCAGGCCAUGGCCUGUCUGCUUCUCCACAGAGUUCUGCUACUUCAUGAGCUGAAGCUCUUUGUUACAGAAGAGGAGUGGGAGGAAUUGAUCACCAGAAGCAUCAGCCAAGUGACAGAGUGUUUGAAAACACUUGGAAAACCCAUCAUGAAGGCUGAGAAAGAGAAAGUUGCCAAGAGCUUGGAGCUGAUGAACUUUCUCCUUAAAACUGUGAAAGGGCAGAAGCUGAAUGUGCAGCUGACAGAGGUGGAGGAAGUGCUGCUCACUCUGCAGCAGCUGGAGGACAUUGGGAACUCCCCACGGCUCGACUCUCUCUACUGGAACGUCAUGCGCUGGCUGAAUUACACGAAGCCCAAGAAAGAGAAGACAGCCACUAAGCCCACACAGGGAGCGGAGUUGCUGAAGCGGAAGAAGAAAGGAUUCCUGCCAGAGACCAAGAAACGCAAGAAUCGCAAGAAAGGCAUCCAGGAGAAUGGGGUGGAACCAGGGGAGGGUGGAGAACCAGCCCCAGAGGAACAGCCCCUGGGAACAGAAACCCCCAAGCAUAAGAAAGGCCCCGUGCCAGGUGGCAGCAAAAAGCACCCAAGCAGGGGGGGCAGGGAGAACGGAGUGGCGAAGGCAGGCAGUGGGGACCUCCCCACUGCUAAUGAAGGAAAAGCUGUGGCUGACAAGAAGAAGAAAAAGAAGAGGAAAAACAGAAAAAGAAAAGGUGCUGCAGGCGAUGAAGCUGAGCAGGUUCCAGCUGCAAAGAAAACCAAGGGGAGUGUUGUCCAGGAGACCCAGAAGCAAAACAAAGCCAAGAAGAAAAGAAAAGAGAAACAAGCUCCAGUGCUGCAGGAGUAAACUCCAUGGACUCAGCCAGGCCUGGCAUGGCUAGCAUGGCUCAGUAGACUUAUGAAAUAUCUUUAAUAUCUAUAGUUUUUAUAUUCUCCAUGACUUUUAAAUAAACCUUCCAUGAUGCUGAGCUCUAAA